AUUUUAUGCAUUUCAAAAUCGAUGACUAAACCAAUAACUGGCAUUUGAAAGUGAACCAUUGGUAAGUUCGACGUAUUUUUUAAUUUUUAAUUAUAGGGUUUGCUUAAAAUGGCUCUUUCCGUUAAAAGACGUUUACAAGAAUGAGGAAAAUGUAACUUAAAAGAAAUCGUGAUAAAUUUUGUAUUGUACGUAUGUAUCAUACAUAAUAAAAUAUAGGAUAUCUAUACAUUUCUAUAUCAAUAGGUGGUUUUUUUUAUAAAAUUGUAAGUUGAGCUACUGUUUAUCAGUAGAUACGCCCAUAUGUGGCAAAACUCAAUCAUAGUAGACUGUUAAUGAGGAUAAAAAUUGCAUAGAAUCUUCGACUUUUAUAUAGCUUAUAGUUAGCUAUCUAUGUCAAAUUUUCGUAUUCAAAAUAAUAGCUUCAAAAUGCAACUGCGAGACUAAUAUCCUCUUGUUAGCAGUGUACAAUAGCUUUAAAAUUCUUCUUGAAUAUUAAUCGCAUUAACUUGUUUGAACCGGCUAUCAAUUAAAUUUUCAUCCUUCUAAUAUUUGUAUACAUAAUAUAUAACUAUACAAUUAUAGUUUACAGUAUAUAAAAAAUAUUUAAACAUUGUUCCAGAAUGUGAUAAGUUUGUAUGCUAUAGAAAAGAUAUUUCAAUAGUCUUUUAACUAAAGUUAGCUUCCCUCUUUAAAGCCACAUGGCUUAAAUGCUGAAUCAUCAAUCUUUUCAUUUGACUAUUGAUUAAUUGUAAGCAGCUGCCUCUAUUUGAGUGUUAAGAAGAUAUUAAAACGAAAUAUAUAUUUUAAAACAUGAUAUUUUCAUUCAGAUUUAAAGGUAUGACGAACAUUGACGACAAUUACGGAUUUGCCUGCUCAAAAGAUUUUCAAGAUUUUUACGAAGAGUAUAAAACAGUAUUAGCAAAAAGACAAGGAAGAUGGGAGACGAAUAUAUUGAAUGAUGAUAAAGCAAAAAGUGAGAAAAUAUUAAAAAGAUUUGUACGAAAAGGUAUUCCUCCUGAAAUUCGAAAGGAGUAUUGGCUCAAGAUAUCUGGAGCUGAAGAUCAACAAAAGGAACAUCCGAACGGUUAUUCUACUUGGAAACAAGAGGAGAAAGAUUCAAAAUUGCAAAUUGAAGUUGAUAAGGACUUAGAGAGAACGUAUCCUGAAAAUAAAUACUUUCGAAACGGUAACCAAGAAGAAUUCCUAGGAAAAUUAAAGAACGUCCUCCUUGUUCUUGGACAUCGAAACCCAGAUAUUGGAUAUUGUCAAGGUUUUAAUUUCGUUGCGGCAAAUCUUUUGCUAACAGUUGGAGAUGAAGAGAAAGUCUAUUGGCUUAUGCAAUGUCUCAUCGAUAAAAUUCUUCCAAAAGAUUACUAUGCGAAAGAUAUGCUUGCUCUUCAAGUAGAACAGCAAGUUUUAUCGACACUUGUUCUUAAAAAAAUGCCUAAAAUAGGUAAGCAUCUCCAAAGAUUUGACAUCAAUUAUGCAUUGUUUUCAACCAAGUGGUUUAUUUGUUUGUUUUGCGAUGUUUUACCAAUCGAAACAGCGAAUCGAGUUUUUGAUUGUCUAUUUAACGAAGGAAAUAAAAUUCUUGUUAGGGUAGGCUUAGCACUUGUAAAACUUCUUGGACCAGACCUACUAAAAGCUGAUAGUUUUCCUGAUGUCAUUAGCCAAUUCAAAAAGGUUGAAGAUGAUAAAAGAUCAUUAAAUUGUCAUGAAUUUAUGAUUGCUGUAUUCAAAGAUUCUGGAUCUUUAUCGAAAAAGGACUUAGAGAAAUUAAGACUAGAAUGUCUAAAAACAGUGGGCGGUUCUUAA